GUGCCUUGCGUAUAAGCUAAUUCGGAUAUAUAUAGAGCGUGAUGUACCCUUUCGGCUACCGUUUGCGCGCGCGCGCGCGUGCGCGAUCACCCGUGACGUCCCGCUGGCGAUGAGACUUUGGCCGAUUCCAGCGGGGUGGAUGCAAGAGAUCGAUUUGCGGAAAACGACACUUUGUCAUUUCUUUUUUUUUAUACAGUCCCGCGAUCGUAACGGGCAUGAUACGAAAGCGCGCGAUGGGGAGGAGAAUGGAAUUCUCUCUUGGGUGAUCGAAGAGAUUCAGUGAGACGAAGGAACUCUCGAGUGUAUUUUAUAAUCUGGGGAAGAGAUUCUCGGGGUAGAAAUGCGUAAUGUUGAAGCAAAAAGCUACUCGAGCAUGGUUUUCGAUGAGGCCAUUUAAAGGCCACUUAAAUGCCACUUUCCCGACGAACAAUUAAUUGCGCUCGUAAUUAAUUUCUCCAACGAAUUUCCGCUCGCACGAAUGUAAAAUCGAUUUUGGAUAAAUUCAUCGUGAGAUUUGUCGUUGCGAAACAAUGCAGAAAUAUUGGGAUAUCCUGUGCGCGCGCGGUAGGCGUACCGCUCGAUUUUCCGAUUGAAGCUUCCGAUUGAAAUUCGAAGAUAUCGGAAUUAUUAUAUGUCCGAUCUCAUUUAAUUGAGUAAUUAUUAUAAAUGCGUUUGCGGAUAAUUUUCAGGUGCAGCGUGUAAUUAAAUAAUUUUUCCAGUUGUCUCGUUUGUUCAGAAACGUUGCAUGCUCGAAGCUUUUCCCUCGCUCUGUAUGUUUCGUAUCUCUUUUCGUUGCUUGUCGCCUGUACUCUAAAUUUGGAGUGUUUGUUUUUAUCGAGGUUGUUCGCCAGUUCGCUCGUUUAAACGAGCAUCAAACAACUGAUUAAUUUUUAGUCGCAAUUAGAGCGGCAAUAAAAUAUUUGCAAAUGCUCAUCAUUAAAUCUGAAUCAAUCCAUAAUUAAUUUGUAAUUGCUAUUAAUUAUUAAUUAUAAUUGCGAUAUAUUUUUUCUAAUAAAUGAAAAUCCAAUUUUUCUGUAAAGUUCGUUCUCUUUUUUAGAUUACUACGUUUGAUACAAGUUUUAUACAAGUAGUAUAUAUAUGUAUGUGUGUCUGUGUAUGUACAUAUACGUACAAAUAGAGUUUCACGCUCCAUUUAUCCACUAGCAUAUUUUUAUUGCUCUCUGAUUGCUUUAUCUGACAUUAUCAGACCGUCACGGUGUUCUGAUAUGCAACGAUAAUGCAAUCUCGACGAGUCUCAUCAUACUUGUGUGACAUUAGUCGCGCAUCCCGUCGACCAGAUUUCUGGGAUUUCCCGGCACGUUCUCCAUGAUUCCAGUCAAUUGCUGCGAUUCAGUCUCCGUAAUCGAUGACGCUAUUAUUUUCCAUAUUUACAUCGUGUGCAGCGUCUUCCGUAACGUGGUUACCGCGUGUGAUGCUAGUGAUUUACCUGCAGGUGAAUGGAUAAAAAUAUUGAUUUUCCCAUCUACCCCCUUCGUAUUUAUAGUGAUGCUCCCGUAUCUAUCCCAUCAUCUAAAGUUGUGCAACGCUUUCGACACAUUACCGCCCACACGAGCGAUCAAUUGCAAAGCGCGACCGAGGAGCGCAAGAAAUCGCGUGCAAGAAUCAGCAAAUAUAAUUACCGCGAUGGUGUUCGUGCUCGAGCUCUCGCGUGGACGCGCAAGUGCAUCCUUCGUUGUUUCUAUUAUUUCCAUCGUUUUUCAAGUGAUUAUGCAUAUUUCAACGUAUUACAGCUUUGUUACGGCUUGCCGAUUGAAUAAAUCAUCGAUCGUUAUCGUUGUUACGUUCACGCGAGCCGCGCUCGUUGCGCGUCGAACGUAGCCAGAUGGUCAUAUGUGACCAUUACACCAAGUUGCGAAAGCUCCCCAUGAAAAUGAAUCAAUUUCACUUGGCGUUACAGUUCACGUCGCGCGCUUGCCCGGCUUUAUCGGCUAUCGCCGACAGAACGGCCGCGUCCGGGUCCCAGAUCGCGCGUCUCGUCCAUGAUCUUGAUGGCACUCGCGAGCCAGGUCAGGCAGAGAGGUACCUUCCACCCUGGAAGCCUGCCAAUUUCCUCGAGGGCAAGGACAGAACCAGAUCGACUGAUCAUGCCGAUAUCCGUUGUGCUCUGGCUGUUACGCUUGUGUUAAUAGUUCCAACAAAUGCAUCAGUAAUAGAAUCUUCAUUGUCUUGAUUAUUUUUCUUCAUUAUUUUCGUGUUUCUCAUCGUACAUCAUUUGUGAUUUUUAUUUUUUAUUUAUGAACUGUCUGCAGCUUUGAACUUUCGCAAAGCGCAAAUGUCUUUUCUAGAAAAGAAUAUAAAACUCGGACUGGAAAUGAGCUCCGUUGUGUGAACAACUUUUGCCAACAACUGUCCUACGGUCAACUUUCAAGGGCACAACCUCGUUUUGCGAAUCGAAUAAUUCUUGGUUGAGCUUCACAAAUUCUCGCGAGCCAAGGUGAUUAUGAUCAUCGUGGAUAGACGCUCGUCGGAACCUCAGGAAGAAUUUGAGAUUAUCGAGUUCAUUUUCAAGUUAAAUUAAUUUCUCAAGGCAAAUCGCGCGUUGCAAAGCCGCGGCAAGUUCGCGAGCAGCUUCUCAACGUGUAAUUUCCAUUCCUCUAGAAAUACAGAAGGCUUGAAUAAGUUUUCAAUUGAUAAGCAGAUUUCGAUUCGUCUGCGAGCAAAGUAUUGCACAGCUUGGGUCGUUAACGAUAUCCGUGUUUACGCUGGCACUAGAUACUUUGAAUCCUGCGGUUUUCGGCGUUGUGCAGCCCUGGACCGCCGGGGUCUUCCGUGGUUUACGAGACUAUGACCGCCACAAAGUAGUCCAUUCGCUAGGCUAGUUACUGCUCAAUUCGUUUCCGUGUAACUGUAACCGGCUUCAUUGUUCAUUUCGAGCGUGAACUGUUUCUGCCUGCGAUGUCAGAAGACUUGUUCAUUCAAAAUUCAGAUUGUCCAUACAUGACGAAGAAUGUAAUUCGUGACUGGAAACGAGGACACACACAUCUCUUCCCGGAUAUCCUGAAUUUGAUGCUUCAGCACUCCUCUUUUUGUUUCCUUCGCUAGAAAGUUGAAGACGCUUUUCUUUCUUUUCCGAUCCUUGCGUAACGCUGCUACACCUGAAAAAGCCUCAUUACAAGCAAUGUCUUUACUCCGGUCGAUCAUCCUCGACAGGCGACACACGUUGCCGUUUCUUGACCUGCCCGCACCUGCUCGGUCCCGAGCCAACCGACCAGCUGAUCGUUCGUUCUGGUCGUGCUAGCCACGUCGGCGUUGAAAGAGCCACCGUGAUGGAGGAGGGUGAACGAGAACGAACGAAGGGACGAGCGACGACGACGACAGCGGCGACGGUGUAGGCGUCGCGUCGCGUCUGCGCAUCUUGACGCCAUCGUCGGUGGGUCGGUUGGUCGGUCGGUCGGUUGGGGGUAUUGAUUUUCUACGUCGUUACAUGUGAGCGUGCGAUCGCGCACACGCGCUGGCCGUAUGUACACGCGUCUAUGUACACGUACACAAGGAUACGUUCUCCCCGACGUCCGGCACACCGCGGCGCGGCUGCGAAUCCGCCCGCGGAAUUCCACAAAGUCUCUCCCUGACGUCGUCGUCGAGUGCCGCUCUCCGGGCCGCCGCUAGUCGCCGCAAUCCGGUCCGACGCCGGCCACUACCAGGAAGCGGCGUCGUCAUCGUCGGAGGCAUCUUGAAGAGGAGGAGCAGGAGGAGACCGAGCCGGCGGCAGGACCAGUGACUCGAAACCCGGGGGAGAAGACUGUCGCCCGUUAUUUGAACACCGUCAGGCACCCGACCAAAGCCGGCGAUGCCUGCACCGACGUCAGCAGCGGGUGCGGCCGAGGGUGGCCCGCCCCGCACCGAACUGCAGGAGUUACAGCUCAAGGCCGGUCAAACCACGGAUGAGUCUCUGGAGAGCACGAGGCGUAUGCUGGCGCUAUGCGAGGAGAGCAAGGAGGCUGGCAUCCGCACUCUGGUCGCACUCGACGACCAGGGAGAACAACUGGACCGGAUCGAGGAGGGCAUGGACCAGAUCAACGCCGACAUGAGAGAGGCUGAGAAGAAUCUCACUGGGAUGGAGAAAUGCUGUGGCCUUUGCGUUCUUCCCUGUAACAAAGGCGCCAGUUUCAAGGAGGAUGAAGGCACAUGGAAGGGCAACGACGACGGCAAGGUCGUGAACAAUCAGCCGCAGCGGGUGAUGGACGAUCGUAACGGUUUGGGACCGCAGGGAGGCUACAUCGCCAAGAUCACGAACGACGCACGUGAGGGGGAAAUGGAGGAGAACAUGGGCCAAGUGAACACGAUGAUCGGCAACCUGAGGAACAUGGCGAUCGAUAUGGGCAGCGAGCUCGAGAAUCAGAAUCGGCAGAUCGACAGGAUCAAUCGUAAGGGCGAGUCGAACGAGACGAGGAUACAAGUGGCCAACGAGCGAGCUCACCAGCUACUCAAGUAAGAGGCUGCACUCUGUCGAUCACCCCGCGCACCCACGUCGGCCGCCACGAGCAUCACUACCACCUUCCUCCACCAUCAGCUACGCGACAGCAACAACAACACACCGACACUAUCAACAGAAACAACAACAAGAACAAUAACAACAAUAAGCAGCACAGUUACACUCGACUCAGUCGAUUGUUUGCUCCUGUCUUAAUUUAUUCGCGUUUUCUCUGUCGCACGAGGUUUUUUUUAUUCGCGCUCGCCGAUAUCGAGCUCGCUGAGAAAGCUUGAACGAGCUCGGUACAUUGUUGAGUCUUUAUAAUAUGCGUAAUCUUAAGGUUCACCAUGAUCUGCUCUAAAAUUGUUCAUUUACGCAAUUCUGUUCUUUUGAUUCGAGUUGGAAUGGCCUUUUUAGUUUAUUGUUAAAGGAAAAGUCACAUAAAUCCAUGCUUUCUCUAGAUUGUUAUCGUAAUUAUAGUUUUGUAAAUGCUGCAGUUCAAAAUAUACAGUAGACCCCCAUAAUGCGAGGGACACGCACGCGUUCCGCGUUAUACAAAUCGUUAUAUAAAUAUAGAUUGUACAGAAAUAUUAUAUAUGUACAUGGAAAUAUUUAUAAAACACACACACACUUAUAUAUAUAAACCUGCAAAAAGACGUUAUCUUAAUUGCAUAUCGUACAUAUUAGUAGAGUUUUGUUACAUAUAUUUAACGCGUUAUACGAGACUGAUUUGCCACGAGAAAUUUUUCCUACGUUUCAUCAGAUCGCGUUAUAUGGGCGUCUACUGUACAUAAAAUAAAUCGAUUUUGUUGUCAUGAUUCGACCGUGAAUUGUACGAAAGUAACUCUGGGUUUGCUUUCUCAGUUUUUGCUAGUUUAAAGUUCUCACUCUGAAGUGAAAGCGCGAAAGCGCGCCGCUUCCCAGAGGUCUGGAGAUUAAAUUUAAUUUUUUAUUUGGAAUCCUUGGAUGCCUGAAUAUCGGUCCCUGAUCAAGCAGCAUCAAGCAGAUCUAAUUCAGUUUUUGGUCGAAAACGCUCGAUUUCUCUCAAGUUUGUUCCACAAUCGGAAAUUAAAUUUGAUCUCCGAGACGGACUUUCACGGCAAUAAUUUGCCGGUGUGAAGUAUCUGGUUCGAGGGGAAUAUUUCCAACGCGAGCUAAUCGGCGAUGAUUAUAAAAAAAGGGAUAGACUGUAAGUGGAUCUUAGAAAUUUAGCAGCCUUAUUGUACUCAUCGCAACAACGAAAUGUCGAUGAAAUUUGUCCGGUGGGAUGAAAAACAUUGAGCACCGUGCAAUUUGCAAUCGGAGCUGAAAUUUAAUUUUUGUCUUGAAAAGCGAGCGGUCUUGUUCUUUAUCAACAGAAUUAAUAUUAACUAACGAUGGAAUUUAGAUAAAAAGUUAAAGAGCAUGUAUGUGUGCGUGUAUAUAAAUAUAUAUAUACACACACGUGUCCACUUCGAUUAGUUAUACAUCCAUAUAUAAUGAAGACGGCGCGGCGACUAACUUAAUCCUCUCGGUCUAGUUAAUUCCGGCGACCGAGCGGAAAAUUCUCUCGGAAAUGCAAAACAGGAAAGAAGGGAAUAAAAUCAUAGUACAAAUGUCAUUUCGCAUCUGUCUCCCUCCGGCUAGAAGAUUACUCAUGCAAACUUUGUUCAGCAGUUUUAUUUAGUCUCGGUACAUAUCGUUACUCUUCGAUUAUACGAUUCGCGCUCUUGAGAAUCGCGUCCGCUCAUACGGCACAGCGAUCGCCGACGCUAUUCGCGAGCGAAAAAAAACGACAUCCGAUCUCUGUACUACUCUGUACUGUCCGAAUCCCCCGAGCUUUUCCCAAGCGCGGAGGUGUCCUCCGAAGUUUUUUCCCUCCCUCGAGAAAAUCAAGACAGAUCGAUCAACCGUACGAAAUUUCCCACGAAAAUAAUUCCGAGUGAUCUCGAGCGAGACUCGACCGGGGGUGUUUUGCUUGCAUCCGCGUGUGGGAAGCACGUGAGGAGAGGACGAAUCGACACACUUGGAGGGAAAGGAAGUGGAAUCGCGCGCGCGCGCAAAUGACGAGCAAACGAAGCACGAGGAAGAGGCAGAAGAAGAAGACGACGAAGGGACGACGAGGGGAGUAAAUACAUAAUCUAGAGAUAAACGAAGCAACGAAGAGAACGCGUUCAGCCACACACGAUUAUAAGGGUCGCUGAAACUGUAGAUAGAAUGCGAGAUCCUCUUUCGUCGUUUAAGGGGGGGAAAAAAAGAAGACAAAAAGCGGAGAAAAGAAACUCAUACGCGAUAAAAAACGUAGAAUGUAGUAGGUAUUACCUCCAAUUUGCUCCACCCUUUUUCCUCCCCCUUCACCCUGCCCCUACACCGUUUCCCAGUGGCCCGUUUCACCCUCCCCGAUUUUCCCCUUUUGCGCCAAUCGCGCCGAGAUCACAGUAAGGUUUAACUCCAAAGAAAGAUUGUACAUUACUGUAUUUACACAAGAGGGCGACAUACCUACCUUGUUAAAUCGUAUCGAUGAAGAGAGAGGAAGUCGGAGGUAGAGGCGUCCUGCUGUUGCGGCUCGAGGAUCGAUAUCCGUGGAUCCGCUGAUCGAUUUUUGAUCGUGCGACGCGAUCGCUACUGUUAUACCGCACGCAGAUAACGAACCAUUCUUAUUCUUGUCCCCGAUCGAUGAGUCUUUUGCGUUUGCUAAAACUCGGCGGAACAGCGUGUAUUCCGAGGGAUUGGUAUAUUCUUUCGCCGGUAGUUCAAGUACAACUACCGGUGCUUCGUAAAAACUAGUGGUUUACUAGUAGUUUAUGAAACUAGUAGUUUACUAAUAGUUCAUACUGGUAGUUUAUAUAUCAGUAGUUUAUAAAAUUGCUAGCGUGUAAAAAUUAUUAUACUACCUAAAAGCUGCUACUAUAGUGGAUCCUUGAACCGGUCCACCGACUUACUAUAAACUACAGAUUGUAUAGUAGUUCGUCACGGAUUCUCAGUCCCCACAGUGCGAGUUUCAUCCGACCGGUGUAUUAUAAAAUCGAGAGGAUCUUUCCGAUGAUUGUCGCUUAAUUAACCGAGCGUUUCGACUAGAUUCCGGCCCUUGAACUUUUCAGAGAACACAGAACGAUAGCAGUGCACUAGUCGACGGAUGUCGACCUCGAGCGUGCAGGGCCAGUAAGGAUCCAGCACAAAUAAACUGCGUAGCAUUUUACGAUUUCGCUUGUCUUUUGCUUUCUCUCGGGGAAAUGAUGAUAAGACGCCCUUUGGAUGCUUUACCCUUUGGACGAACGUGCUGUAAGCAACGAGUGAAAGAAUUCGCGAGAGUUUGUUUGAGCGAGAGAGAGAGAGAGAAAAAAACCCACAUAAAACUCGUGCGAGUGCGUGUGAGAGAGCGCGAGAGAGAAAAAUUACGUUACGAGAAUCAUAAGUUAGGAAGCGAGAUCAUUUAGGCCUAUAGUGAUCACUUACGUCGAGAGAAAAAUUUCAAUAAUCAUAGAUAGAUGAUGUAUAUAUACCUGGGUAUCUCAUUUCUAUCACGUUGUUCAAUCUUUUUUGGUCAAUCCGAAAUCGAUUUCAUCUCAGCCGAAUCGUGCCCGGCUAAUCGUGCAUCAAUAGAGCUGCGAGAUAAUUACCAUCUUGGAUUAUAUUCCUCAAUCGAUCUUUCAUCAGGUGGAGGGAAUUCAUCCUGAUUUAAUUUUAAUUUAUCGAGAGAAAGAGAGGGAGAAAGCGUUAUAUGUACAUUGUACAAUGUACGUCAGCAAGUGUUGCUAUAAAAAAAGCAAUAAAUUCCAUCGACGCACGAGAGUUCCUCUGAGAGAAAAGAUUGCGGUUCGAAAUUAGCCGAGCGAUAUUUCAUUGUAGAAGAAAUGAUACCGCGAGAGUCGAGAGAGAACGGAGAGGACGGUAUACACAUACAUCAUUUAUUUAUGCAGUAUGCAUACUAUAUAUACAUAUAUAUAUAUAUAUAUAUAUGCAUAUGUAUAGAUAGUCGUAUAUAGAGAACGAACGAAAGAGCCCUUUCUUAAAAUAGCGAGAAUUAAAAUCCUGAUAGAAGAGGGUCGAAAGUUGCGGGAAAGCCAUUCUCUGAUCGAGAGAGAGCGAGCGAGAGAGAGAAAGAAAGAAGAGAGCGGAAUAUCUUUAUUACAUUUAUUAUAUAUAUAUAUAUAUAUAUAAAUAUAAAUGAGUGAAUAGAUAUAUAAAUAUUAUAAAUAUAAUAUACAGGAUCGAGCAAUAUAUUGUUACUUCGUCGUUACUGUUUAUCACCGCCUAUUUGCGAGAUUACGUACUUACUUUAUGAAUAUUAUUAUUCGCCCCGUUCCUGUUUACUCCCCCUUCCUCAGCCCCCUCUUUGUCCGAGUGAUUAAGUCAUAUCGAGAGUCUACAGGUCUAUGUGGUACGCGUACGUACGUUUUAAUAAAUCUCUAUUCACAAACAAACACACACGAAACACACACACACACACACACACACACACAAAUAAUGUAUAGAUACGCAAUUUUACGUAGGUAGACCAGUAGAGACGAUUACGAGCUAACGCGGAAGAGGAGGAUGAGGCAAGAGAGUGUAUGUGUGUAUGCCAUGUGAGAGAAAGAAAAUAAUCACGAGAGACUUGGGCGUGCGAGUGAUGAUGAUGCGAGGGAUGAGGAGCACACGCAUGAGAGCGGAGAUAAUCCGGAAGUUAAGAUUAAAAAAUCGUGCUUUUUGUAAAUGUACAGAGCGCUUCCGGAAAUGCCGGACGUUCCCUCAGUACCGGACCUCAGGACCGGUGGUCCAGGUCGAGCGAUCGAGGCGCAAGAGCAGUUAUUAUAAAUAUAGCUGCGUUGUAUUCGAGGAGAAGCAAUCUCGGUUGUAAUUAAUUCAUGUAAUCGGCGAUAUUUGUCUGAAUCAUUCAAUUCCGAACUCUCUUUCCUUCUGAUUAAACUCUAAUAAAGAAUAAAAGAAUUUCUUUAUCAAUUGGUAAAUCAGACUUUAAUGAAAAUCCGUUACAAAUAAAAUGUGUGCACGUAUAUUCGAUAAGAAUUUGGAGGUCUCGACGGUAACGAUGCAUAUUCUGAUCGAGAGCAGGAAGCCGAGGGAACCAUUCAACAGAUCCGGAAACAUCCUGUAUACAAAAAUGGAAAAAAACUGUUCCAUAUCUUCUAAGCGACAAUUGUACCUCGACAUAGUUAACCGCAUCGAGAGUUAACGUUUUACGUUAGCGGAGAUAGGAAAAGCUCUAGCGGAACUGCCGGCAAUGUGAUACGCGGCCUCGACUUUCGACUAAGAGGCGUACAACUUUCGGGAAUCGACGCGAUGAAACGAGAACUCGAGAGUCGAAUUCUGGCGCAGUGCGAGAAGCGGAAGUUUCAGGAAUAUUCUUUCGCUAAUCGAACGCGAUACAUUUUCCUCCUAUCCGAUAGUAGACAUUGUAAGAUACUUAGACAGCGCUCGUAGGUAGACCUCUUCGUCACUUCAGAUUCAUCUUGAAUUCUUGCUCUUUUAUUUAGAACUCUAACAGAGAUCCAAAUUGAUUGCUUUGCCGAUGAAACAGUCGCGUCUCAUUCCAUCGAUCGAUUUCCGCUUCGGAAACAUGCGCAUGGGGUGUUCACCCCCGAUCACCCCUUCGUGUACUUACCGCGAGACGCGAGUGGCGAGAAACAAAUAUACUUUGGGACCACCGUGCGGACGCGCAAGGUGUCGUGGAGGACGCAAUCUUCGAGGCACACUCGGGCGAAGUCGAAUAGUAUAACGAGGCGAGAAAAAUAAAAAUUUGGUAACGCGGACGAGAGAAAUAUCGAUCGUGAUGCAACGGCAACGGCAUUUGUAAAUUGUAAAGUUACUGCUAGGCGGUAAGCAGAGGGAAAAGACGGGACGAGACCAGCAUCUCUGUUUUUAGUACCGAUUAUAAUGUCGCUAGAUGUAUCUACGGUACCGUCGUAAGGAGGAGAAACAAGUUUCUCCUUGGCGGUACGAUUAUAACAAAUGCCUGUGUAUUUUACUUCUUGGCAAAUAAUAAAUCAUCAAGUAUUGUA